AUGCAGUUCUCCUCGCGAUCAUUCCGCGCAACGCUCCCUAACUCGAUCGCCGCCAAAUACCGCAAAGCGCUGCAAAAGCACCCGUUCGCACUCUUCGGCCUCCCUUUCCUUGCAACAAUAGUCGCCGGCUCGUUCAUGCUGACACCCGCCACUGCGCUGCGCUACGAGAGAUAUGAUCGCAAGAACCAGCAAAUUACCCAAGAGGAGGCAAUGGGGCUGGGCCAGAACCGGAGAAAGGUCAACAUGAAGGACGAAUACUACAGAUUACAAGCCAAGGACCUCGAGGACUGGGAGCAGAGGCGUGUCAAGCGACUACCAGGCGAGCCAGAUGGUACCCUUGUUUAA